UAAAAAGUGAUUCAUCAAAGAUACGUCAACGACCGCGACUCCAAGUGAAACAAGAGGUUCAUUAUAAGCAACACUUCCUUGUUUGUAAGAUUUGUGAGUGAAUAUUUGCUCUUUCAAUUCUCGGGUUGGAAUGUAGUUCUUACUUCCAAAUACACGGUUGAAGAAUGAAUCAACGUCUUGAGCCGAAGAGCUUAAUUCGCAAGUAUGGCCAUUCUCCUUUGGAUAGAUGUUCAUAACAUUUCGGGAAAAAAUACUACUUAAACUUUGAGGACGAACCACACUCCAUUUUGGUAUAAAUCCCGAUCUCAAAAUGCCUCUAGAAAACAUGAAUGUAUGAUUUAACAAAUAUUCCAAAGUAGCCUUUUUCCUUUAACAAUACACGUCCAAAACUAAUUCUUUUGAAAAGAAAAAUUACUAUAAAAGAGAUUGUUGAAGAAAGCACUCAAAAGAAAAUGUUUCUUUCCCUUGGGUAUUAAGGGUGUGGUCAAGACAAAAGCAUUCAUACAUAAGGUCCCAUACAAUUCAAGCCAAGUUCUGCAAUUUCGCUAAAUUGAUUGAAUUAAUAUAUUAACAUCUAAUAAAAACAAAUAAUUAGUUUCAUUACAUGUGACAAGGCCCUAUUUUGAAUUUCAACUUACAUUUUUUACUAGUUUAAAAAAACUGUAUGAGAACCAAGAACUCAUUGCUCGCGAUCAGUUUAUUUAAUUUCUAAUUUGUUUAGAAAAAUUUUGUUGUUUUCUAAAAUUGAUUUGUCUAGUCUAAUAACCUGAAUUAAUGGAAUGCACGGAUCAACAAAGAUGAAUCAGGAUGAUUUUCGAAAGCUAUUAGCUACCCCCAGAAGCGAAACCUCAGAGUUAGAUAAAAUACCAAAGAGAUCUCAAGGUCUUUCAUUUGGCAGGCGACAUCCAAGAUUGCCUACAUCAUUACCUCCUAGAUCAAUCAUUAAAAGACAUCCGAAUCCAAAACCUAACUUCAAUAAGCCUUCUUCUUCGUUAACAGAAGCAGGAAACUUUGAUACCGAUGAACCUGAAACGCUCUCUGAAAGCGAUCGUCUCGUGCAAGAUUUACGUAGUAAGCUUCACCAUGGUGAAAUUACAGGAGAUGAAUUUUCAAGAAGAACACAAGAAUUAGGUGGGGAUUUGUCUACUACUCACCUUGUUCGAGGUUUAGAUCGCAAACUUCUACAAAAAGCAAAAUCUCAACAUAUCGAGCCUGAUAUUCCUCAAUUUACGGAAAAAACCUCGGAGGAAUCCAAACCAGUGGAAAAUGAAGAACAGGAUGAUAAUCUUCUUGAAGAAUUGGCUGAGAGAACAACGAACACAAGUCCAAAACCUUCUGAAGAUGCCUUGGUAAGCUCGGCAAGUACAUAUAUACCAAGAUAUCCUAAUGGGCAACCUAAAUACCGAAGGGCCAUCGAAGAAGGAAAAAAAGUGAAAUACGAACUUGAUGAGGACGGGAAUGUUUUAAAGCGACUGGUGAAAAAAGAUAAAAAGAAAGUUCCAUUAGAGCGAACGACGGCUCACAACGAUAAUGAAGCACCACCUCUUGAUGUAAAAAAACAGAGAGAGGUGGUUCCUUUACCAAAGGUUGAUACAGAUGCUGAUAUAUUUGAAGAAGCUGGAGAUGACUAUGACCCAUUCCACGACGAUGACGAUAAUGAUAAUUCUGAGCCCAAGCGUAUUAAACUAGAAGUCGGGGAUAAAGAAUCGAAAGGUAAUGAAUCCAAUAUAUUUGUCGGUAAUCUCUUUGCAGAUGCAAAAGAUACAGUUCAGGAUGGUCCUAAAGAUUUUCGACGACAAAUCCAGCAUUUGGCAAGUUUACAGAGUCGAAGAGAAAUUGAAGAUUUGAAGAAACAUGAAAGCAAAAAGAAAGUGGAUGCUGGUUUUGGUUUGACAUUAGCAAAUGACGAUACUUUGGACAUCUCUGAUGGGGUCGAAUCUGAAGAUGAUGAAGAUGGAGGGAAAAAGCGAAAAAAUCGAAAGUAAACAUUUUGAGGGAAGCAUUUUAGUUACUAUGUUAAAUGAAAAGUUGCAUUACGAAUAAAAAUCAACAAGGUUAAUUUCAAGAAUUAUG